GCUUCACUUCAGCUCCCAAGCCGCCCCAUCUCCACACUCAUCUCUCAGCUCACUGCGACCUACUUUUCCCCUUAACCCGCCGUGCAUUUUUUUUUCGUUCGACAACAUCCAUUAGAAAUAUGCCGUUGGGAAUCUUUGUUAAUUACACAGAAAGAAGGUUUGGGACUCCAAUAUAGCAGAAUUUAGUGGUUUCCUCACUCCGUCGGACAAAAAAAGCUAGAAGAAACUGAAUCAGUAAUAUUUGACUAUAUUUUUCUCUUUAUGAAUUUUAAGUCGAAAAGUUGUUUUUGUCUUUUGGUUGGUUGAUUUAAACUUUUCACUCAUCGGGAUCGAGAUUUAUGCGCAUGUGUGGAUUUUUCUGGAUGACUCUGGCGUCGGCAGUUCUCCCCCACCCGGUUUUAAUCCGGAUAAUAUCGCUUUGGUUUGUUUUACAUCUUCCUCCGCUAAGUUGUACUCCCAGACCCUCCGCUCGCCGCGCAAAAGUUGCGGCGGACUGAUCAAGUUGUGCGCAACUUAACGCUCCUGUUUCUCUUUUUCUAUACUUUCAUUGCGGUUCGCAAGUGUGCUCAGCUUCCAGCUAUGGAGGAAAUGAUGCUUUAUUUAUUUUAAAGUGAUUUUUUUUCCCAAGUCGGGGGUGGGGGUAGUUUAGACACGGCGGACAAGGAACUGUCUGAAUCUGGAGAAACACUGUGGAUAUUGCAUGACCAGUAUUCAGAAACUGUAUUUUGGAUAAGGGAUCGAAUUAUUGAUAAGUUUUCACUCGCGAAAUGCCACAACUUAACGGAGGCGGCGGUGAUGACUUGGGGGCUAACGAUGAGCUCAUCUCCUUCAAAGACGAAGGGGAGCAGGAGGAGAAAACAUCCGAGCAUGUGUCCGCCGAGAGGGACCUGGACGACGUCAAGUCGUCCCUGGUCAACGAGUCGGAAAACAACAGCAGUUCGUCCGACUCCGAGCAGGCGGAGCGGGGGCCCCGUUCCAGACCGGACUCGCAAAGUUACGAGAGACAGAGAGAGUAUUUUGCUGAAGUGCUAAGAAGACAGCAAGAUGGAGGUCUUUUUAAGACGCCCCCUUAUCCAGGCUAUCCGUUUCUAAUGAUUCCGGAUCUCGGUGGCUCCUAUUUAUCCAACGGGUCGCUGUCCCCCGGAGCCCGAACGUACCUGCAGAUGAAAUGGCCGCUUCUAGACGUUCCCAGCACGGCAACCCUCAAAGACCCCGGAUCAUCCUCGCUGGGACCCCUGUCGAACAAGGUACCUGUAGUCCAGCACCCUCACCACAUGCACCCACUGACCCCGCUUGUCACCUAUGGUAACGAGCACUUCUCCCCCGGGACUCCCCCUGCACAUCUGUCUCCGGAGAUUCUCGACCCAAAGACAGGCAUCCCACGGACUCCACACCCCUCUGAGCUUUCACCGUAUUACCCGCUCUCACCUGGGCAUGUCGGACAGAUUCACCACCCCCUUGGCUGGCUGGUGCCACAACAAGCCCAGCCCAUGUACUCCAUCCCCCCAGGAGGGUUCCGUCACCCCUACCCCGCCUUGGCCAUGAAUGCAUCCGUUUCCAGCCUAGUGUCCAGUCGCUUCCCCGCACACGUGGUGCCCCACCCAGCACAUGGCCUGCAUCAGACAGGCAUUCCUCACCCUGCCAUAGUGUCGCCGGUCAUCAAACAGGAGCCUGGCAUGGACAGAGUCAGCCCCACUGCACACUCGAAGUCGCCGGGGACAGUUAAGAAGGAGGAGGAGAAGAAGCUGCACAUCAAGAAGCCGCUGAAUGCCUUCAUGCUCUACAUGAAGGAGAUGAGGGCCAAGGUGGUGGCCGAAUGCACGCUGAAGGAGAGUGCCGCCAUCAACCAGAUCCUCGGCAGGAGGUGGCACUCUCUUUCGAGGGAAGAGCAGGCCAAAUACUACGAGCUGGCUAGGAAGGAGAGGCAGCUGCACUCGCAGCUUUACCCAGGCUGGUCUGCGCGGGACAACUAUGGAAAGCGGAAGAAGAGGAAGCGAGACGGCAAGCAGGGGGACUGCGCGCCAGGCGACGGUUUCCUGUGUCAGACUAAGAAGCCCUGCAUUCCAUAUCGCCCCCCAGAGAAAGUGUGUGACAGUCCUUCCUCAUCCCAUGGCAGCAUGCUGGACUCUCCUGCCACACCUUCAGCUGCCCUGGCCUCGCCCGCCGCUCCGGCUGCCACCCAUUCUGAGCAGGCACAGCCCCUGUCCCUGACCACCAAGCCCGAGGGUCGGGCACCACCCCGCUUUCCCCCACCAGGCAAAGUCUCUGCACCCACCAUUAAAUCAAGCCCUACUUCCUCAACUUCAGGCUCCACCUCUUCCCAGUCCAGCAUCCCUCCCCAUAUAAGCUCUGCAGGCAGCCAGGCCACACCCCUUUUGUCUCGGCCAAUCCCCUACAGCUCUCUGUCUCCCUCCAUAUUGUCACCACCUGCCCCUAUCCACAAACUGACCCUGCAUUCCCAUCAUGCCUUACUUCAAUCUCAACCCCUGUCUUUGGUUACAAAGUCAACUAACUAAAACUGAUUUUUUUAAUGCUGAAAAUGGAUUUGUACUUUUAUAGAUACUAGACCAAGUUUUUAUAAAGGAAAAAAAAGUUGAAAAGAAGAAAAUAUUUGGUCAAUAUUUGACUACUACCUUUUUUGACUAUAUCUAUGAUACUGUUGUAUUUUUUGUAAAGUUUAUUGCUAAACUGUUUCUCCAAUGUGCUCCUUGUAUAAAAGAAAAUGUAUCAAGAAUCCUUCCCCCUUAGUUCAAAUGUCAUUAAUAUUACAUUACAGUUGUUGUUCUUGGAAACUGCUCCUCCCACUUGAUAUGUAUGAGUUAUUCUUAAAAAUGAUAAAUAAACUUUGGAACUCUUUCUUACAA